AAUUUUCUUUAUUUAUUUUUGUUUUUAAGUUUUUUUUUUUUUUUUUCUGAAAAUUUAACUUCGCUCUGUUUGGUUGCUCAAAAACUAAGUUAAAAAAAAAUAACGAAUUUUUUGAACUUUAGGUUUUUCAUUUGGCUAAACAAUUAUCAGUUAUGCUCUUCACUUUCUUUCUCGUCAGUUUUCUAAAAAAAACGAAGAGGUGUUAAAACCUACCAUUUUAUGUAUUUUUCCCCCAAUUUUUUUUUUUUUAGAAAACAAAGCAUAACAAAGCUUGUUUCGGUUUUGAGAAAAUGUAAGAAAGAGUGGAAUAGAAUUUCAUGUGUUAAUUUUACAAAAGUUGAGAUCAUAGGAAGUAGUACAUUAUGCUUAACUAUGCCUAAUACAAGUUGUAUGGAUUAGCCGAGAUAAGUUUUUCGUUCUUUUAAAGAUUGAAUAAUAUGAAUGUAUGGGAUGGAAAUGGACUUUCAGAGUGUUUCGAGAACAUAUAUCCUUUAUUUUAUGGAUUUGAUGUUUAUUUCUCUUUGACAAAAGGCAUAUUGGUAGUGGUUAUGAUUUGAUUUCCUAUAUGAUCUUACGAUACUAGGUUUUGGAGGAAAUUUAGUGACUCUAGUUAUGAUUGCUGUACUCGGAAUUACUAGAACGACUGUUGGAGGAAGACGGAGGAUGUACUUUACAGAGAAGAUCUUGAAUCUUCUAGCUGCUUUUGGAGCAUGUGUGGCAUUCUUUGACAUGGUUUUGCUGUUGAAGAGAAAGCUAAAUGGUCACACUAUUUUUUAUCAUGAAUGGUUUUUUAGAUGUUCUCAAUUCUCAAUUUGGGCUACCAUUCUAUUCAUGUCAAAGUGUAACAAGUGGUUUGCUAUCUUUUGCAAUCGUAUCCUUUGUUUUUGGUGGAUCAUAAAGCCACUCUUGGGUAUCCCUCAUCUGCAAACAACUUUUUCUUCAUUCGAGGUUUUAAUCUGUCUCAAAGAGAUAUGUGUUAUUUUGGUGGAUAUCAUGUUUGGCAUCUCCAUUAACAUUAUCAGGAUAAAAGAGGCAUACUCCAGAAGCAGAAAAUCUAGUUCAAUGGAAGAGCCAUUUAUCUCAUGUGAUAUAGACAUUGAAGAAGCUCCUCCUAGGGACACUGGAACUUCUCUCAGCUAUUGGCAUGUCCUUGCAUUCAAAUCUAUCACAUCUGUGAUGGAACGUGGAGUGAUAAAGCAGCUUGACUUUGAAGAUUUGCUUCAAAUACCUGUUGAUAUGGAUCCUUCAUCCUGCCAUUCUACGCUUCUAAGCUGUUGGCAAGCUCAACGAAGAAAUAAUUUCCCCCAUCCUUCCUUGUUUAGAGCAAUUUUUUCUGCAUAUGGAUGGCCAUAUUUUUGUCUAGGUCUGUUAAAGGUGCUUAAUGAUUGUAUUGGUUUUGCUGGACCCCUGCUUCUCAAUAAGCUCAUUCAGUUUCUCCAACAAGGUUCUCAGCAUUUCGAUGGCUAUAUUCUUGCAAUAUCCUUGGGCCUCGUAUCUGUCCUAAAGUCCUUCCUUGAUACACAGUAUAGUUUUCAUCUUUCCAAGCUGAAGUUAAAGCUAAGAUCUGGUAUUAUGACUAUUAUCUAUCAAAAGUGCCUACGUGUUAGCCUAGCAGAACGGUCAGAAUUUUCUGAAGGGGAAAUUCAAACAUUCAUGUCUGUAGAUGCUGAUCGAACUCUCAACUUGUGUAGUAGUUUCAUUGAUUUGUGGAGCUUGCCUUUACAAAUUGGAGGAGCAUUGUAUCUACUGUAUACACAAGUCAAAUAUGCUUUUUUGUCCGGAAUCACAAUAACCAUCUUGUUAAUACCAGUGAAUAAAUGGAUUGCUGAAUGUAUUGCAAGUGCUACCAAGAAAAUGAUGGAGCAAAAGGACGAGAGGAUAAGAAGGACAGGAGAACUUUUGACAUAUAUUCGCACUUUGAAAAUGUAUGGCUGGGAGCUCCUUUUUAGUAGUUGGUUGAUGGAGACAAGAUCCUCAGAAGUGUUACAUUUAUCAACGCGGAAGUACUUGGAUGCAUGGUGUGUAUUCUUUUGGGCAACAACACCAACUCUUUUUUCUUUGUUCACAUUUGGAGCUUAUACAUUGAUGGGGCAUCAACUUGAUGCUGCGACGGUGUUUACUUGUCUUGCUCUGUUUAAUAGUUUGAUCUCUCCACUAAAUUCAUUCCCAUGGGUUAUUAAUGGUUUGAUUGAUGCCAUUAUAUCUACCAGGCGGUUGAGCAGGUUCCUCUCCUGUCCCGAGUAUGAACUUGAAGUGGAACAGACUAUGAAUCCACCAUCAUCAUCAUGCUCCACUGAUGAAUCUGUUUUCACUUUUGAAGAUUUGGCUAUUAUCAUCCGUGAUGCAUCUGGUGAUUGGUCAAGUGGCAAAAAUGAGGAACGAGAUUUUGUAUUGAAUCAUGUUACUUUGGGCAUUCCAAAAGGUUCCUUGGUUGCAGUAAUUGGAGAGGUUGGUUCAGGUAAAUCAUCCUUGUUAAAUUUGAUUCUGGGAGAAAUGAAGCUUACCAGUGGUUUGAUACAUACAAGUGGAUCUAUAGCAUAUGUACCACAGGUCCCAUGGAUUCUUUCUGGAACAUUCCGUGAUAAUAUUCUGUUUGGAAAGGAUUACGAUCCAAGAAGAUACUCAGAUGUAUUACAGGUGUGUUCUCUGGAUGUUGAUAUUUCACUGAUGGUUGGAGGUGAUAUGGCUUAUAUUGGAGAGAAAGGAGUCAACUUAUCAGGUGGACAGAGAACUCGUCUUGCUCUUGCCAGGGCUAUCUACCAUGGAUCCGAUAUUUUCAUGCUUGAUGAUGUACUUAGUACAGUGGAUGCACAAGUUUCUUGCUGGAUUUUACACAACGCCAUUCUUGGUCCUCUUAUGAACCAACAGACACGCAUUCUUUGUACCCAUAAUGUUCAGGCUAUAUCUUCUGCUGAUAUGAUUGUUGUAAUGGACAAAGGACAUGUGAAUUGGGUGGGAAGUUCAGCUGACUUAUCAACUUCUUCAUGUUUUGCAUUCUCUUCACUGAAAGAAUUUAAUGUAUCUACUCAAGUUCAAACCCAAGAAAUUAGUUCAAACACUUCUUCUGAAGCCAUACACAAUGUUGUUCAAGAGAGUGAUCGUGCACAUGUUUCUGAGGUAGCACAAGAGAUAAUUGAAGACGAGCUAAGGAAAGAGGGCAGAGUUGAACCUACCGUGUACAAAAAUUAUGCAGCAUUUUCGGGUUGGUUUAUUACGAUUGUAACAUGCGUCUCAGCAAUUUUAAUGCAAGCUUCUCGUAAUGGGAAUGAUCUGUGGCUGUCAUAUUGGGUUGAUUCUACUAUGGGAAGAAAUUGGAAAGAGUAUCCCAUUUCUUUUUAUCUGGUUGUACUCUGCAUAUUCUGUAUCGUGAAUUCCUUGCUAACACUAGUGAGGGCAUUCUCAUUUGCAUUUGGUGGCUUACGUGCUGCUGUUCAGGUGCACAACAGACUGCUAAAUAAGCUUGUAAAUGCACCUGUUAACUUCUUUGAUCAGACACCGAGUGGAAGAAUACUUAACAGGUUGUCUUCUGAUCUUUAUACAAUCGAUGAUUCCCUUCCAUUCAUUCUCAACAUUCUCCUGGCUAAUUUUGUUGGCCUCUUGGGGAUUGCUAUAAUUUUGUCAUAUGUGCAGGUCAUGUUUUUGCUUCUAUUAUUGCCGUUUUGGUAUAUCUACAGCAAAUUGCAGUUUUAUUACAGGUCAACAUCACGUGAAUUGCGAAGGCUAGACAGUGUGUCUCGUUCACCCAUUUAUGCAUCAUUUACAGAGACACUAGAUGGAUCCUCAACUAUAAGGGCAUUCAAAUCUGAGGAAUUUUUUGUGUCCAAAUUCGCUGAGCAUGUGACAUUGUACCAGCGAACUUCAUACUCAGAGAUAACAGCAAGUUUGUGGCUUUCCCUGCGCCUUCAGUUCUUAGCAGCAUUUGUUAUCUCAUUUGUUGCUGUGUUGGCUGUUAUUGGAUCUCAAGGAAAUUUGCCCAUUAAUUUUGGUACCCCUGGACUGGUGGGCUUGGCUCUUUCUUAUGCCGCUCCAAUUGUAUCUUUGUUGGGAAGUUUUUUAACAAGCUUCACUGAAACAGAGAAGGAAAUGGUUUCUCUGGAGAGGGUUCUUCAGUAUAUGGACAUCCCUGAAGAAGAUCUCCAUGGAUGCCAACAAUUGGAAGUAGGUUGGCCACUGCAAGGACAUAUCGAGUUUCAAAAUGUAACUCUGAGAUAUAUGCCAUCUUUGCCUGCUGCACUGCACAAUAUUACUUUCACCAUUGAAGGAGGUACACAGGUUGGGAUAGUUGGAAGGACAGGUGCUGGGAAAUCUAGUAUCUUGAAUGCAAUUUUCCGCCUCAGCCCAAUAUGUCAAGGACGUAUUUUAGUGGAUGGAAUAAACAUUGCUGAUGUUUCUGCGAGAGAUCUUCGCUCACAUCUUGCUGUUGUUCCCCAGAGUCCAUUCUUAUUUGAAGGAUCGCUACGGGAUAAUCUAGAUCCAUUCCGGGGGAGUGAUGACUUAAAAAUUUGGAAGGCUCUAGAUAAAUGCCAUGUGAAGGAGGAAGUAGAAGCAUCGGGGGGACUGGAUAUUCAUGUAAAAGAAUCUGGAAGGUCAUUUUCUGUUGGGCAACGACAACUUCUUUGCCUUGCACGUGCACUUCUCAAGUCUUCGAAGGUACUGUGUUUGGAUGAAUGCACAGCCAAUGUAGACACGCAAACAGCUUCAAAACUACAGGAUGCCAUAGCUAGUGAAUGUAGAGGCAUGACAGUGGUCACAAUCGCACAUCGCAUUUCCACAGUUUUGAACAUGAACAAUAUACUGAUUCUUGAUCAGGGGAUCCUGGUUGAACAAGGAAACCCACAGGAUCUUCUACAAGACCAGUUGUCCAGAUUUUCAGGUUUUGUUAAGGCGUCCACAAUGUGAAUCCUAACAAGGAUACUGCUUGAUCUCAGUGACAUACAUCUUCUCUGUGGUACUACAAUGUGCCGGCAUUUCUACUAACUCAUGCAAUCAUUACAAGAGAUUUCUGUUGUCAACCCAAAAAUAGCUGGCGUCUUUGGACAACUCACCAGGAUAGAUUGUAUAUCGAGUAGACACUCUAGUAUUUUGAUAUGUAGCAGCUGAAAUCUUAGAACUGUUCAGCUUCCUAGUCGCAGCUUGGAUUUUACUGAAUCUCAUCUUCAGCGGGAACCUUUUCUUAAGUUAUACAAUGGUAUCUGGGGAAAUUCUGCGAGAUGAUGAUUUAAAUUCAAUAUGAUUAGAAAAGGUUUUAACCAGAAAAAAGGAAAGGAAUGAUUGUUCAACUAAGUUCAACAAUGUGUAAUCUAUCUGAACGGUUGUUGUAACCGGUCAUCUGAACUGUUGUUGAAAAGCACAAAAGCUGAUGAUUCUAGUAGUCGAAAUUGGUCUUCCGGCCAAUGCAUUAACCAAAAGUUACUGUUGGAA